AUGAAGGUUGGCUGCCAGUAUGCAUCACAGGUCCAACUGCUGCGACAGACGAUACCUGUUGCUAUCACUGCAAUAGUCAGCACGAUCGACGGUUUUCAAGGACGCGAAGGCGACGUUGCGAUAAUCUCGACCGUGUUCUGCAACGCGGGUGGCAAUAUCAGUUUCGUUGAGGUAGAAUUCCGACUCAACGUUUCCUGGACUCUGGACCCGGCCGAAGCUGGGCUCAUCAUCGUUGGCGACAAACGCGCGUUACAGGCGAACAGUACGCUCUGUCAAAGGGCGGAGGUUGUGCUCGCGCGCCAGGGUGCAGCGUAG